UCAGGUUCACAGAACAACGACACCAAAAGACAGUUUCUUCUAGAACGGCUGCUGGAUGCAGUUAAACAGUGUCAAAUACGGUUUGGAGGAAGAAAAGAAAUUGCUUCAGACUCUGAUAGCAGAGUCACUUGUUUGUGUGCUCAGUUUGAAGCUGUGUUACAGCAUGGUCUGAGGAGGAGCCGAGGAUUAGCAUUAACAGCAGCAGCCAUCAAACAGGCAGCAGGUUUCUCCAGUAAAACUGAAACGGAGCCAGUGUUUUGGUACUAUGUGAAAGAAGUUCUGAAUAAACAUGAACUGCAGCGCUUUUACUCUCUGAAGACAAUUACUACAGAUAUUGGUAGAGGCAGGGCUUGGUUGCGUUGUGCAUUAAAUGAACAUUCCCUGGAAAGAUACGUUCAUAUGCUGCUUGCAGAUAAGAAUCGACUCAGUGUCUUCUAUGAAGACUGGUCUUUUAUGAUGGAUGAAGAACGUUCUAGUAUGAUCCCUACGAUGGCAGCUGGUCUGAACUCCAUUCUUUUUGCAAUCAACAUUGAUAACAGAGAUUUAAAUGGGCAGAGCAAAUGCACACCCACAGUGUCUGAUUUGUUAAAGGAAUCGACGCAAAACGUAACUUCGUUAUUGAAAGAAUCCACUCAGGGUGUUAGCAGCCUUCUUAGAGAGAUAACUGCAUCAUCUGCUGUCUCGAUUCUAAUAAAACCUGAUCAAGAUACUGACCCACUUCCUGUUCUGUCAAAGAAUGUAAAUGCCGAUUCAAAAUAUAGAAAAGAUCGAAAAAAGAAGAAGAGAGUGACAAAUAUUAUCUCGUUUGAUGAAGAGGAAGAUGAGCAAAAUUUGGGGGAUGCCACAAAGGCUCUGGUUACAGGAGAAAGUUCAGAGGAGAGUGUAGACAGAUCUUCAGUUUUUGUAUUACCUUCAUCUGAAGGCUCUCUUGGAAAAAAUUUGAAUGGGAAUGAAAGUAACCAUUCGUGGAAGAGCGAUUCAGUAUUCAUGAAUGGAGAAUAUGAGUAUCGGAAACUAGAUGUGAAGAGCAUUGAUGAUGAAGAUGCAGAUGAGGAUGAGCUAUAUGGAAAAUCGUUAGGAAAGAAAGGGACAGAAGGUGAAACUGAAGCCUCUGAAAAGCCUCAUGAAAUAGGCACAUGCAAUUCUCAGAUAUGCAGUUGGACUCCGCUGCAGGUCCUGAAUGAUGAUUCGGAUGUCCUAUUUCCUGUCAGUGCCAUUGGCUCUUACUCCCAAGCUGCUGCAGUAUUGUACGCGGUUUGGGGUACUGAGCUGCUAGAACGAUGUGGGCCAUUUGGAGAAGAUCUUGAAGGAACCAAUGAAAGUGGUCACAGAGUGGAAGUCAGUCCUCCAGCUCAAGUGAAUGCUUUAAGCAAUAUGUUGCCUUCAGCCACUGUGCCAGAAUCCAUGACAAUUAAUGAACUUCGUCAAGCUAUCGUGGCCAUGAUGAAUAGGAAGGAUGAACUGGAAGAACAGAACAGAUCUCUGAGAAAUCUGCUUGAUGGAGAGAUGGAGCAUUCGGCAGCGCUAAGGCAGGAAAUGGACAACUGGAGAAGGAAAGCAGCAGAACAGGAAGAGCGACAUGCAGUGAAAGUCCAAGCCUUGGCACGAGAAAAUGAGGUGCUGAAAGUGCAGCUUAAGAAGUACGUAGGAGCUGUCCAGAUGCUCAGAAGAGAAGGUCAAACAGUGGAAGUUCUGCCAAACAUUUGGAGCACUGAUGCUGAAUUUGCUAUCCCAGAGCAAAAGCAAGUAGAAAACAAUGAGGAACUGGCCAGCUCUUAUGAAAGAAAAUUGAUUGAGGUAGCUGAAAUGCAUGGGGAACUGAUUGAAUUCAAUGAGAGGCUGCACCGUGCUCUGAUGGCUAAAGAAGCUCUUGUGUCCCAAAUGAGACAAGAACUAAUUGAUUUGAGAGGGCCAGUCCCUGGAGAUUUGAGUCAAACAUCUGAAGAUCAGAGUUUGUCAGAUUUUGAAAUAUCAAAUCGUGCUCUUAUUAAUGUUUGGAUUCCCUCAGUCUUUCUGCGUGGAAAAGCUGCUAAUGCAUUCCAUGUUUAUCAGGUUUAUAUUAGGAUAAAGGAUGAUGAAUGGAACGUUUAUCGAAGGUACGCAGAGUUCAGAAGCUUGCAUCAUAAAUUACAGAAUAAGUACCAGCAAGUGAGGACUUUCAAUUUUCCACCAAAAAAGGCCAUUGGAAACAAGGAUGCAAAGUUUGUAGAAGAGCGACGCAAGCAGCUUCAAAAUUACCUAAGGAACGUAAUGAACAAAAUUAUUCAAACUGUGCCAGAAUUCACAGCCAAUCCCAAAAAAGAGACUCUUAUUCAGCUGAUGCCCUUUUUUGUUGAUAUUCCACCUUCUGGAGAACCAGUGAGCAAAAGCAAUCGCUCUAGAGUGACUACCCGCUUCCCCAAACUCUCUCGCAGCCAUCAAAGAGAGCCACGAAGCCUGGAACCUCAGAGUGGUGAUCUUUGA